UGUGUGUGUUGUAGGCCAAUAGUCACUCAGUUACACAACCGCUUUCAGUUUCCGAGCCCUGCCUGCCUGCCUAGUGCCUGCCUGCCUAGUGGCUCCCCGCCCACCGCUGCUCUCUGCUGCCUGCCUGCCUGACUGCCUGCCUACCCGACUGCUGGGCGGACUGGGGCAGAUCCGAGCCGACCAGUUCCGCGUUCUCUCCUCACCCAGUGCACGGACCAGAGUGAGCAGGAGAACCGGGCAGUGUCAUGGUGGACAUUCCUGCCCAGCCGCGGCAUCCGUAACUCCGGGGGCAGAGCGAAAGUGUGGACGGAGGUCACUUGCAUUUGAGGUUAAAAGGUCAUCAGACAAGCCCAUGUCACCAUGUGCUACUAGAAGAACGUAGCCGUCAACGGCAGCAGCACCAUGAUGAUGAACGAACUGACCGGGAUGAGGCCGACUACGCAGAAGUCUUCGGCCUCACUGUUGUCGGCUGACCUCUGACCCCUCAUGGAUUCAAAAUGGCACUUUGGCUGAGACGGGGAAGGAAGCAUGACAUCUUACUCUCCAGGAAUUCUGGGAAUUUAACAAACGUGGUUGUUUGAAACAGGAUUGCACAGACUGGUCCCCCGGUGUCGUUUUAUUCUUCUUCAAUGGGACUAACAUGGUUCAGUGAAGAUGGAAUAAUAUCUGUGUGGGAGAUGUUGUUCAAGAAAAACUGAUUACCAAAUAGAAAUUGGGUCAAGCAUGGAGCAGGAUUUUACACAGUAGGCGCUCUCAUUUCUCUCAUAAAUUGUGGAUAGUGAACAUUUGUAUGCACUAGCCUGGACUAACAUUAGCCAGUGUUGGAGAAGAUACCUAACCGUGACACCCAAUAUUCAACUGUAAUCUUUUCCAUUCCGUAUUGUUGUGAAUGGACGUCUGACUCUUCCAAAUCUAGAAGGUGACCUUUCCCUUCAGCUUUAAACUGUAACUCUGACUCCUGGUCAGUCUCUUGCUGUAGCGUUGCAAAAAAAAAAAAAAGGACUCCAAACAUGGCUGCCACAGGAAGGAAGCACAUGGUGAGGGACUUUAACCAUUUCAUCACCUGUUACCUGUGUCGAGGUUACCUGAUAAAACCGACCACGGUCACCGAGUGCCUGCACACCUUCUGUAAGAGCUGUAUCGUGCAGCACUUUGAGGACAGUAAUGACUGUCCUAAAUGUGGCAUUCAGGUCCAUGAGACCAACCCACUGGAGAUGCUCAGGUUGGACAACACCCUGGAGGAGAUCAUUUUCAAGCUGGUGCCUGGACUCAGAGAAAAAGAGGAACAGCAUGAAGUGGAAUUCUGGAAGAAGAACCAACCCAGAGCAAAUGGCCAAGAAACUGUGCGGUGUCAGCGGUUUGGGCUGCCUGAUGUUGGAGGCGAUUAUGAUGAUGAUGAUGAUGAUGGUGGUGGUGGCGGCGGUGGAGGUGGUGAUGAUGAUGACGAUGGCGGCGAUGAAGAUUACCACAGGAGUGACCCUCAGAUAGCCAUCUGUCUGGACUGCCUACGCAACACGGGACAGUCGGGGGAGAGCACUGUUACGGAUUUGAUGAAGAGGUUCAUCCGCUGCUCCAGUCGAGUCACAGUGGGAACAAUUAAGAAGUUUCUCAGUCUUAAACUAAAGCUGCCCAGCUCCUAUGAGCUGGAUGUGCUGUGUAACGGAGAGAUCAUGGGAAGAGAUCACACUCUGGAGUUCAUCUACAUGACCCGAUGGAGGCUACACGGAGAGAAUUAUUUUCCUCCAUCCCCACUUUUGCCCACAACUCUCAACGCUUCCAAAACAACAGACAGAAAUCCGUCCGUCGGAAAUUAUUUAUGUCCGGUGAGUCAGAGGGAAAAACACCAAGAAGCCCUGUCCGGUUGAGGAUAAGAUAAAGAGAGGAGUGACGGGAGAGGGUGAAAGAGACAGAUUUCAAAAGCAUGAAAGUCAGGAAUGGAGACAGAAGAGGGAGAGAAAGAAGAGACGAGUCACUGACGCAGCUUGACUUGAUUUUCUCCCUCCGACGCCGAGGCACACUCGCUCAAAAUGUGUGCGUGGGAAGUCCUGUUGUCUGUGCUGACUGGGUAAUGAACACAUUCCUGAUGCCUGUUAUUGUUGACUGGCAGUUAUUCAUAUUGAUGUUUGUUCAGUUUGAUUUCUGUUUAAAUUAACUGUCAUCGCUCGUCCCCAGAAAUGUGAUUUAGAUAAAUAAAUUGUCAUUCAUUUUUUUUUUAAAUUGCAUCACCAAGACAUUCGACCAUUGAAUCAUUUGCCCUCAGCAACUCAAACGCAAAUAUGUUUUGGGUAAAAACUUAAUUGCUAUCCGGUCUAGAGGUCUUCACCCGAGGAUUCAAGACCAGACCUGAGACCCUGACAGUAUCAGAUGGUACCACUCAAAGUGCUUCAACACUACAGGUCAUCAUUCACUCAUUCACAUGCAUUCAUACGCUUAAGAGAGGAGCCACCUGCCCAUCAGGACUCUAACUAACCAUUCAUACGCUAAUGGGAGGAGCCACCUGCCCAUCAGGACUCUAACUAACCAUUCAUACACUGAUGGGAGGAGCCACCUGCCCAUCAGGACUCUAACUAACCAUUCAUACGCUAAUGGGAGCAGCCACCUGCCCAUCAGGACUCUAACUAACCAUUCAUACGCUAAUGGGAGGAGCCACCUGCCCAUCAGGACUCUAACUAACCAUUCAUACGCUAAUGGGAGCAGCCACCUGCCCAUCAGGACUCUAACUAACCAUUCAUACACUGAUGGGAGGAGCCACCUGCCCAUCAGGACUCUAACUAACCAUUCAUACGCUAA